AUGAUCAAUCCUAUCCAGGAAGAGCUGAUCGAUACAGUAUACAAAAACCACUACUCGAAAUCACCCUCUGACCACUACUCGAAAUCACCCUCUGACUUCUUCAACUACAUUUGUAUUACAAAAAACACUGGUAGCCACGGGCGCUUCUGGGACGGUAUGAAGCGUCUCAUCAACUUCAAGGCAUCCGGUACUACAGAGACGACAAUGCAGACUUUGGAGGAAAUUCGUCAGGGACUUCUCGAUGUCGGCGAGGUGAUUCCAGGUAAACACAUUAUCUGCGCAAUACUCUAUAGUCUAGGCAACGACUAUCAACUACUCCGAUCCAACAUCUUCGAUCUAGACACUGACAAAUUAGACAUCAAUGAGGUAUAUCGCAUGACUUUCAAGUUCGACGGCGAUCACCAUAACGCGACAAGCAAUACAACAAUGAGAAUCAACGCCAUCACCACACAGCCGGACCCGAAAGACGUGAAAGAUAAGCGCCAACCUCGCGAGAUCACAUGCCCCUUGUGCAAAGAAGUAGGUCACAGUAUUUACGGUUGCCAAAAAUUCAACUGUCGACAAUGCGGAUCGAAGGAUCACAUCGGGAAGAAAUGUCCCGCUGACCGCUCGACUCUCACUUGUAGCAAGGGCGACAACAAACCUGGCCACAACGACGAGGCAUGCAUCGAGUAA